UCAGAAGUCCUCGUAAUCUAACGACGGAGUCAGUACACAGAUUGGUUUUUCAGAAGAAUUUUUUAGAACCACUUCUAAUGAAUGUGGGGUGGACUAACUGUAGUGAGAGGUUUACACGAAAAGGUUGCGAUCCUGCAUUUAAAAUGGGUUUGUGAGGUAGAGUUUGGUUGGAGUAGCACCCUCAAUCAGGACAAUCUACUAUCCAGAUCACGUGAACAAAUAUGCUCGUAUUUUAAGGCAGCGCCUUUAUUUGUCAUGAUAAAGGUUUGUGAAACGCCAAUAUCGCAAUGUAGACUCCAACGAUGACCCAGCUUCUAUAAACGUUUAUUAUUUUUAUCCAGUGGGAGGUUGACUGCAAGCAAUAUUUCGUUUUUGGAAUAAGGAUACCUGCUUGGCUUUUUAUUGGUAGUUGAGUGAGUGGCUUCCAUUCUUUCGGGAAUACUGUCUGCAUUGGUAUAUGGAAAUGGUUGGAAAAGCGCGAGAUCUGGUUUAGGACUGUGUUGUGCACAGACAAAGGGUGAAGGAUAUAUCCGAGGUGCUACAGGGAUAGGUAUUGAAACUGAGAAGCGAGACUCUAUGAUGAAUUGAUUCCCAGGUCGUGGACCAAAUAAUGAGAAGCGCUUGAGGGAAAACAGAAAACAGAGCAAUAGAGGCUACGAUCAAAGUUCAAAGAGCCUGUGGGAAGUCCCAAUCACAUGACACAGGAGCCCAUGCCAUUGGACAAACAUACAAAGUAGUACAAAAUCUUAAAAAUGCAGAAAGCCACUUAUUAUGACAACUCUGGACUUUUUGGAGGCUAUUCAUACUCAAAGUCAGACUCAUACGCGUAUGGGCCAGCCCAUCAAUCCUAUCCCACCUCCAGCAUAGAAAAUGACUAUCAGGGUCCCAUCUGUUCCGUGCAAUCUACAACGGUCCGGCCGCCGGUGCACAAAAACAGCGACAUCAAUGGCAGCUGUAUGCGACCAAAUGGCAGCCAAGGCAGCCAACCAGAGAGCGUUGGUGACCAACAACAAGCGCCUCCUUUAGCACCCACCUCACCCAACUCAAGCAGCACCACCACUCAGAAAAAGAAAUCUCCCAACAACAGUGGCUCCAACACUGCCACGUCAGUCAUCACCAAGCAAAUAUUCCCAUGGAUGAAGGAGACACGUCAGAACUCAAAACAGAAAAGUACCAACUGCACAACUCCAGGAGACACCUGCGAUGACAAAAGUCCACCCGGUCCGGCCUCCAAGCGAGUGCGCACUGCUUACACCAGCGCCCAGCUCGUGGAGCUCGAGAAAGAAUUCCACUUUAAUCGCUAUUUAUGCCGCCCACGAAGAGUCGAGAUGGCCAAUCUGCUCAAUCUCACCGAGCGCCAAAUAAAGAUCUGGUUUCAAAACAGGAGAAUGAAGUACAAAAAGGAUCAGAAAUCCAAGGGAAUAAUGCACUCUCCCUUAGGACACUCUCCGGACAGAAGCCCGCCGCUAAGUGGGCCCAAUCACGUUGGAUAUUCUGGUCAGCUUCCAAAUGUAAACAGCCUGAACUAUGAUGCUCCGUCUCCUCCGUCCUUUGCCAAACCUCAGCAAAACAUGUACGGCUUGGCUGCGUACACGGCGCCGUUGGGCGGCUGUAUACCACAGCAAAAAAGGUACCCGGGUGCAGAGUAUGAGCACCACGGCAUGCAAGGGAACGGAAGCUUUGCCAGUGCUAAUUUGCAAGGCAGUCCUGUGUAUGUUGGGGGGAAUUUUGUUGAUUCGAUGCCAGCUUCGGGCCCGAUGUUCAACCUCGGUCACCUUCCUCAUCCUUCAUCCGCCAGUGUGGACUAUAGUUGUGCUGCUCAGAUUCCGGGCAACCACCAUCAUGGACCGUGUGACCCUCACCCCACAUACACAGACCUCAGCUCUCACCACGCUUCUCAGGGAAGGCUGCAGGAAGCGCCGAAACUUACUCAUUUGUAAGGAUCUCACGUGCGUGUGCCCAAGCGAAGUGUCGCUUUUUAUUACCUCAUGAGUUAAAAGUAAUUUAUAUAACUACACUUCGAGAGAGACACAAUGUAUUACUCCUGUAUUAUUAUUGAUAGUACUAUUACUGCUAUGACUGUAACAAUUUUUAAGCUGUGGUCCAUAUCUCCUGACUGUUGAAGAAGCGACAGAGUGUUUGUUGUCAGUCGUUCAGAUCUUGAAAGAGCAGUGCGUAAAAUGAAGGAAAUUUCAUAUCUUAUUACUUGAAGGUAAGUUCUGUAGAUUUUACAAUAUUAGGCUCCCAUCUUUAUAGGGAUGGAAUUUGUAGGGAAAAAAAAUCAUUGCCAUUGUUAAGUCGUCUGUUAGUCAUUGGUACCUAUGAAUCAGUUCACACUAAAAGUGUCAUUAUUUAUUAUUUUCAUGAGAUUGUAUGGCAAACAUUUAUCACUAUUGUAUAUUUAUUAUUUAUGACUUUUGUAACACAUAUUAUUUAUGUUUUCAUGGAUUAUUUAUAUGGAUUAUAGUAAAAAAAAAAAAAUAUGCAACCUAAUUGGGAAGAUUGCGUGCGGCAUUAUCAACACAAACAAAACGACAACACGUGACUGGUGUAUUUCUUUCUUUCUUUCUUUCUUUCGCUGCAGCAACUCGAAAAAAGACAGUAAAGGAUUUACGUGGUGGUGUUUUUUUCAAAUGAAAAUCUGGCACAUUUUUUGUUCUCACAUCUUUGCCCUAAUCACCCAUAACAAAUUUUGUUUUGUGAGUGAAUAGUCCACACGCAAAUUGACGAAAUGAUAACGAUAUGGAAAUGUUAUAUUUUAUUGUGUUAUAGAUUUUGUAAAUAAAGUGCUUAAACUGAA